UUAAAGGCUGCAUCGCUUGUACACUCGCCACUCUGGGGACCACGACUCCAGCACAGGAACCUUUGGGGAACAAACUACAGACCAUAGCAGCAGCAGUGGAUGAAGAUUUGUCUUCCUGUAAACGCCAAGUCUGCCAUGAGGCUCCGGACGCUCCUCCUCACUGUGUCCAUCCACGGGAUUGUGAUGUUUCUGCAUGUUCUGGGAAAACUCAAGGAUAACGUCAAAGAAAUCAACCAGUGCUGGGUACAGCCUCCAAAAUCAUUCUGUGGAUCAAGGUGCACGAGGGUGCUGAGAUGUUUGAGACCAAACCAGACGUGCUGCUGGACGUACUGCGGAAACAUCUGCUUGGACAAUGAAGAACCCUUUAAAACACUGAUGAAACUCUAGCUAGUUUCUAUGUGGUCCACCGCUGGUGUAGGUUGGAGCGUGACUGUGUCUGGGAGAAAUGCUGCCUGCUUCCUAUAGGGACACUCACUCCAGCUGCGAGUCUUUCUGCUCUCCCCUUGAUAUCUUCAC